CUAAUUCAAUCAAAUUCAAUGGAUUUUCAAAUUUUGUUUUGUUUUUUUCUAUUGUUUCCAUUUUCUUCGUUGAUGGUCAUAAAGACGAUAAAACCUGGUUCUGAUGAGAAUAAAUUUCGAAUUUUCAGUGUGGAUUAUGCGGCCAUUACACCGGAUUUUUUCAAGCCUCUUAGAAUUGCACAUGUAGUUGGCUCGGCCCUUGUGGAAGAGGAUGUGGUGAUUCGCACUUUUCCAAGUGAAGCAAGUUUGUAUCAUGAAAACACCGAAUUAACCAAAAAUGUGAGUAUGGAACUGGAAAAAUGUUGUGGUUCAUCGAAAUCUUCAUUUGAUAAGACAGACGUCGUCAUGUUGACAUUAAUAGAGAAAGACUUGGAUAAUGUUACAUCAAACAUUAUUAAAUCUAUCAGAGUUGAUCCUCUUUCAGUUGAUUUUUACCCUCGCAAACUGACCUUGGAACAAGCCAAGAUACUUGUUGCAUACCAACGAUUCGGCGAAAACGGUUUGUGUAAAUCUGUCUGUAAUGACCUAAAAAGAGGUUUCGAAGUAGAAUCUAAAGAUUACGAUUUGUUUGAACAACGUUGUCCUAAAAUUAGUUGUCCAGCUUUUCUGGAGGAAAUGGAUUAUUCGAAAUUAAUGGCAGAAACGGAAAAAUUCAUCAGAACCAUGAAAUAUCUCCUUUUAUUUGGCAUUCCAUUGACUACAGAGUUUGUGAUGUCAGGACAAUGGACAGUUCUUGAAAUUGAUCAAAAAACUCUUUCAUUGUUCCCAAAAUUAACUGAAAACCAUCACUUCAUUGUAACUUUCAUUGAUAACAAGAAAAAACAGGCUAAAGCUCGAAGAAUUGAUGAAUGCAGAAUUAUUCUGAAUUAAAUUUUAUACUCAAAAAUUUCCGCUCAACUCUUUUUAUUACAAUCAUAAAAAUUAACUUCACUAAGCUUGCAUCGAUAUAAGCUUUGUGUGAUUAUGUGAUGAUCAUCAUCUUUUGGAUGCAGGCUCAUCUACUUUUGUGAUAGGAUUUGCAUUAAAUAUAAGGAUCUCUAAGAAAUACUGGGAAUGAAUGUAAUUGUGAAAACAACGUUUUUAACAAGGAUUUUAAAAUGAAUCAAAUUAGAAAAUAAAAGAUUGAACUUUUCUGAUUAAUUAAAUACCAAAUGUAGAUUUAAUUUCGUGAACCAAACAUGCUAAGGUCGAAAGCGAUGCGUCACUCUAUGAGUAAAAAGUGAAAUACUCAGAGCUAAUGUUUCCUUUAUUUUAAAUGGUUUCGUAAAAUGGCCUCGGAUUUGCUAGAAAAGACAGAAGCUGUCUCCAUUUGU